AAUACUGUUAUCGCAGUAAUCCCAUCUUUAAAAAUAAAUGUUUUUGUUUUGAUUUGAAAACAAGUCCUCGACGGAUUUGCUUCUAGAAGUUGAGAUAUGGCAUGAUCCUAGCCUUGAUGGCAUUGAACCCGAACAGCAGACACCCACCGACCGCUCGCUGUGCGCCACACCGGAUCCGACGAAUUUGUCAUAGCCAAUCUCAAGCGGUCACUGUCCAACGGUCUGUACACCCUACGGGACAAGCGGGAUGGAUCAAGGUUUGGCAGCUGUUUGCCGUGAUCUUGGAUAAGAGUGGUGCUGACAUCGAGGUCUUCGUGGCUUGCCGCAACUGCUACAAUGUGCACAAGUUCCAGAUGAGCAUAUCCAGUCUGAUGAAGCACAAAUGCGCCAUGCAACUGGAUGUACCAAACCACAACUCGGAAUGGAAGCCAGAUAUAUAUAUAAAAGCAUGCUAGAAUAAGCAAUUGCAAGGCAAUGAUGGAGUCCUUCUAUGUGGAGUCCGACAGCCAGAGGAAAGGUUCCCCUUUAAAAUGACAUAAACUUCUUUGGCUUGCCAUUGCUUGAUUCCGAAACUCUAAACCUAAAAGUAUAAUUGACUAAGCAAGUCCAUGCGUUUAAAAACAAUCACAACUAAAAAUAUUUAAAAGCCAAUCCUCUUAUUUAAGUAUGGAGAGAAGAGCAAAAUAUUGUUGUAACCAGGAAACUCUAGUGUAAAAUAGGUUGGUAGCCCAAAAUGUGUAGGUCAAAAAAAUGUACAGCUGGAAAACUUCGAUGUUUUUCAGUUUUUUUAAAACAUUGAGAGUUUUCGAAAGCAAUCGAUGUUUUCUCCGCACUAACACAGACACUUUAAUACAGCGAGAGAAACAAAUAAAUUGUUUAAUUUUAUAAGAAAUAAUUAGACAAGUUUUGGAGGUGGAAGAUCGAUAAAGCUUUGAGAAAACGUAGUAGAUAUGCUACUUUUCAUCAACAAGAACCAAAACAUAUGAUCUCUUACUUUGAAUAUUGUUUGAUCAAGGAAAUAAAACGUUUUUCUGUUUUUGUUUAAACAAA